AGCGGUGGUGGAGGGAUGAAAUGGAGUUGGGACCCAUUGAGUAAUAAGAGGAGGGAGAAAGGGGAAGACUUCAACAUCAAGACAGAGAAGAGAGGUAAAGGGUAAAAUGGGAAAAGAGACAGCUAGCAAUGAAGGAGUAGCCUCACCUACCAUUACACACAACACAACCACAUCCCAUUUUUCUUUUCCUUUUUAGCUUCUCUUUCUCUUCCCCCUUCUUCUUCUCUUUUUUCUUUCAUCCAUACAUAAAACUUUCAGAAAAAAAAAAGGAAAAAAAAAAAAAACAAAACAAAACAAAAAACUAAAGAACAUAAAACCCCCAUUUCUCUUCUCUCUGCAGCUCUCUAAUGGACUCCAUUUCGACCUGUUAGUUCAGUUUUCAGGUUCUCAAGGCUAAGAUUUUCCAAUUUUGCCUUACCAAAUACAAACUCUCAAAUAAAAAGGUGAAAAGAAAAGAAAAAAGAAAAACAAAUUUGACAGAAUGAUCGGAAAUAAUUUCGUCGAUGAGAUAGAUUGCGGCAGUUUCUUCGACCAAAUCGACGACCUUCUCGAUUUUCCUGUGGAGGAUGUCGACGCCGGUUUGCCUCCGGCGAAGGGCGGUGACUCGACCAACUCAUUCCCAACCAUUUGGCCCACUCACUCCGAGUCACUACCCGGUUCCGACUCGGUAUUCUCCGCCAAUAGCAACUCCGAUUUGUCGGCAGAGCUCUCUGUUCCGUAUGAGGAUAUUGUUCAAUUGGAUUGGCUUGCAAACUUUGUUGAGGAUUCAUUCUGUGGUGGAAGUCUUACAAUGAACAAAGAAGAGCCCAAGGAUUUGACACAUAACCAAUUCCAAACCUCUAGCCCAGUUUCUGUUCUUGAAAGCAGCAGCUCUUGCUCUAGUGACAAGACCCUGCAGCCCCGUAGCCCUGAACCAACCGUCGCCACUCCUGGUCAGCAGCGUGGCCGUGCACGCAGCAAACGCCCUCGCCCUGCAACCUUCAAUCCCCGGCCCCCAAUUCAGCUUAUUUCCCCUGCUUCCUCUGUCACCGAAACAACCACCCCUGAUCAAACAUUGCAGCUUGUUCCAAAGGCCCCAUCAGACACCGAGAACUUCGCCGAGUCCCGGCCUUCGGUCAAAUUGCCAAAGCAUGGUGCUGCUGCCUCAGGAACACAGAAGAUUAAGAACAAGAAAAUCAAGUUGUCUUUUUCGCUUGCCCCCCCAUUAGAGGCAGGAGCGGGAAACCAAAACUUGCCAUCGUCGCAAUCGGUAAGAAAAUGUAUGCAUUGUGAGAUAACCAAAACUCCACAAUGGCGGGCAGGACCAAUGGGGCCAAAAACGCUUUGCAAUGCCUGUGGUGUUCGGUAUAAGUCUGGUAGACUCUUCCCCGAGUACCGACCAGCAGCGAGUCCAACGUUCAUACCAUCAUUGCACUCGAAUUCCCACAAAAAGGUGCUUGAAAUGAGAAACAAGACUGACGAGAAUACAGCUGCAAUCACCAUAAGCGUGCAACCGGAGCUGAUUCCAAACCCAAACAGCGCAAUUUCAAUGGAUUACAUGUGAAGAAGAAGAAAGAAGGUUGAUGUGUGUGUGGUUGGUUUGUGUUUAGUAUGAAAUAGUUUUUAGGUGGUUGUCUUUCUUGUACAGGGGAAGGUGGGGGCAACUUGGGAAAGGUUUUAGGUUUUUUUUUUUUUUUUUUUUUUUUUUUUUUUUUUUUAUUUUAUUUUAUUUUUAAUUAGAUGAGAAAGUAGUUGAGGAAGAAGAGAAAACAAACAAAAAAAAAAAACUGAUCAUAUGGACUUAAGAGACAUCAAAACUUUUAAGCUUAGGUGAAGUUUUAGUGUUGUUUUAGGUGCUCAUUUGUCCGUCAUCGUAUGUUGCCUCUCUUCUUCUCUCUUUUGCAUUCUUUUUUCAUUUCUUGGUAAUUCUUUUUGCAGUUCAUUUGUAGUCAUCAUCAAAAUUCUGAGCUUUUAAGUAAUGAAAUUUCAGGUUAUUUUGCUUC